UGGGGGCACGUGACGCCCCCGCCCUUUCGAGGGUGAGAGGAAUGUUUUUGCGCAGCCGCGGGCUGCGACCGAAGCGGCAGCGGGCGAAGCUUCUGGAGUGUGGGGGUGGGGCGCUCGCUGAGAUGGUGGAGCACUGGUGCCCUGAGCCCGGAUCGCGGUGAGGAGGUGGCAUCGCCCGGGGAAUGGCCACGAUCUGGCAGCAGGUGUUAGCUGUUGAUGCCAGGUCAGUUCGGGAGGGAGAGGGGAAAGGUGUGGGGGCAGGGAGGGGACACCGGUGUUCGGUGAGCCGGGGCUCGUACCAGCUGCAGGCGCAGAUGAAUCGCACCAGUUACGAGGAUAAGUCACCGGGCAGUGUGGUACCCACCUCAGUAGCGGAGGCCAGCAGGGCGAUGGCAGGUGACACCACCCUCAGCGAGAACUACGCUUUCGCAGGAAUGUACCACAUCUUCGACCAGCAUGUGGACGAGGCUGUGCCCAAAGUGCAGUUUGCCAACGACGACAAGAACCGACUGGCCUGCUGUUCACUGGACGGUACCAUCUCGGUGUGCCAGCUGGUGCCCACUCCCCCGGCAGUGCUGCGGGUGCUGAAGGGUCACAGCCGAGGGGUCACCGACUUUGCCUGGUCACUGUCCAACGACAUCAUCGUCAGCACAGCGCUGGAUGCCACCAUGCGCAUCUGGGCCACCGACAGCGGCAAGUGUAUCCGCGAGAUUCCCGAUCCCGACGGCUCUGAGCUCCUCUGCUGUACCUUCCAGCCCAUGAACAACAACCUCACUGUGGUGGGGAACAGUAAACACAACGUUCAUGUGAUGAACAUCUCGACUGGGAAGAAGGUGAAAGGAGGCUCGAGCAAGCUGACAGGCCGCGUCCUAGCCCUGUCCUUCGAUUCUCCAGGCAGGAUCCUCUGGGCUGGUGAUGACCGGGGCAGUAUCUUCUCCUUCCUGUUUGACAUGGCCACAGGGAAGCUAACGAAAGUGAAGAGGUUGGUGGUGAGUGAGGGCAGUUCGAUAACUAGUAUCUCAGCCCGAACAUGGAUUAGCCGUGAGGCCCGGGACCCCUCCCUGCUCGUUAAUGCUUGUGUCAACAAGCUGCUUCUGUACAGGGUAGUGGACAAUGAAGGUACACUGCAGCUGAAGAGGACCUUCGACAUUCAGCAAAGCACCAACCCUAUCCACAGCACCUUCUGCCCCCUCAUGUCAUUCCGACAGGGAGCCUGUGUUGUCACAGGUAGCGAGGACAUGUGUGUGUAUUUCUUCGAUGUGGAACGAGCCACCAAGGCCAUUGUGAACAAGCUGCAGGGUCACAGCGCCGCCGUCCUGGAUGUGAGUUUUAACUGUGACGAAAGCUUGCUGGCCUCCAGCGACACCAAUGGCAUGGUCAUCAUCUGGCGUCGGGAACAGAAAUAGGUGGGAGUGGGGAGAGGGAGGGGGGUGUCUCUGAACUGCUCGAUGUAAAACAGCUGUAUAUGUGUAUAUAGAUACAGAUAAAUGUGUGUGCGCGCGCGAAAUAGCACUGCGCGAGGGAGAUGUAGUCAAAAUGGGGCAGACGUUCCCCCCCCCUCCUCAUCUGCCCCUCCCCCUAUCAUCCCUUUGAUUUCCCCCACCCACCCACUGCCUCUCAACGCUGCUGCGUUGACCCUAAGAGAGACUGAGACCACCCCAUGGGGCACCUCACAUCUUUCUCUCCAGCCCCCUCCCCGCUCUCAACAUCAGUUUCUCCGCAAACCAACCCACCCCCCCCCACCAUCCCAACCACGGAGGGCUGAUUUAGAUCCCUAGGUCUCCGCUCAGCUGGGGAGGUGGGGGGGGGAGAUGUGCACUGUGUGUUGGGGAAGGGCUGGUAAAGGAGUCUGAUAGUCAUGUUUGUCUGUCAGACCUCUAUCUGCAGCAACGCCCCCCUGCCCAAAAAAAAUCCCACCAGUUGUGGGCAGCUUCCUACAGUCCAUGUUGCGGACGCCCUCCCCGCGCAACAGUGUGAAACAACAAGGGUGCUUUUUAAGUUGAGUGCCCACGAUGCCAAGGGUCACUCCCUCUAGUUCCUCCACCACCAUGCCACCCCCCACAGGUGCUGUUCUGUCUGGCACCGAGGGAGGGUCAGCGCCGGGGAAGCGGACGCUGCCGGAACCAGGCUGCUGCUGCUCCACC